ACUCUCCCUUAAUUUCUAUUUUUUGCCUACUAACGAGUGGAGCUUAUAUAGUUCCGCAGUAGACGCUUCUUAGAGGGAGAAGCUCUCGCCUCUCGCCUCUCUGUGUGAGAUUUGCUACGUACCUUCAAGUGAAAGUCCACAAAACCAUGCCCCUUGCUCUCCCCCUUUACUGGAAUUAGAAAAAGAAGACCUUUCUCAGGACUUUGAGUGUCCGGCUCGGAACAUAACUUUUUAGAACGAUUGCGCGUGACAUGUUUGUAUGGCUCUUGUGAAUGCUCCUGCGCUGCAAUUCAAGUCUUCUGCUGUCUUUGGGAUCUGUUCAAAAUUUAACUUCCUUCCCAUGCAGAGUAGAAAUUUCUUUGAGAAGCCAUUGCUUGUUGAAGCAAGGGCAAAUACCAGAAAAGAAAUUGCAAAAAUACGAAACCGGAGGAUGCAAAAGAAGUUUAAUGGCACACCUACAAAACCAAGGCUUUCAGUAUUCUCUUCAGGCAAGCAGUUGUAUGCUAUGCUGGUAGAUGAUCAAAACAACAAGUGUUUGUUUUAUGGAAGCACUUUGCAGAAAUCUGUUCGCCAGCAUCCCCCUUGUAGCACCAUAGAAGCUGCUAAACGUGUUGGCGAGGAGCUUGUCCAGGCUUGUAAUGAUCUACACAUAAAUGAAAUAUCAUCUUAUGAUCGCAAUGGUUUUGCUUGUGGGGAGAGAAUGCAAGCCUUUGAGAUUGCAAUUUCUGGUCAUGGGUUCUUGCCGCGAUAAGACUUGUUUCUUCUUCAAUUUUUAACGCAUAUAUGUUGAUAAUCUUUGGAACUAAAGCUCUCAAAUAUAAAUUUAUUUCUCAUCAACUGCCAAA